CGCGCGCUUCAAGCGUUCGCAAAUGUUCACGUUUGUAUUUUAUAUGCAGUGUGGCGCGUGCAACUUGCGGUAGGUGGCUCACGGCCGCGGUUAGACCCUAGCCACUCUUGUUUCGGAAGCUUAUUUUAGUUUGUCUCGCAUUCACCCGUAGUCUUCGCUCCGUGUUGCGUUCACGGUAAUCAGAACACCCGGACAAGCUAAGAAACGCAUGAACAAACUCGUGAACUUUGUUCGUAGUGGCAUGUGGCGCGUGCAUAGUAGAACACUUCAGUGGUGACGUAACAGGGUCAACGGAGUGCUUGAAGUGUCGCCGACUUGCCGUUCAGAUUCGAAGUAUUACGCGUAGUAGCUGCUAAUCGGUUUCAAGCGUCUGGUUCGUGCUUUCGACAGUCCAACCUUCGGCCAAGUGCGAGUACCACCUCUGGAGGAAUCGGUCGUAAAGAGGCAUGGAGCCAGAGAGAAGAACGCUGUGGUCUUACGCCACCCACCUUGAAAGUUUGGGGCUCACCCACUUGAAAGCUGCUGACCUGGCACUCGCCUUUCAAGCAGUCGCGACUGGAGCCCUGGGGCGCGUGGUUCCGUAUCCGACUAUUUGUACGCACAACGGCGGUACGCGGGUGUGCCGCAUCUUCGAGCACCUCACCCUCUGGAAUGAGCUGCUGUGGUUUGCCAUGGCUGAGCUCCGGGAAGUGCAGCCGGGUAGAUUGGCCUUCGUGUGCCAGCACUUUCUCAGACCCAUGGAGUACAGUUGCCAGGAUCGGCUCGAGUACACGUACGCAUUGAUCCACUGCGUGCUCGCCAACCACCGCUGCAUCGUUUCCGUCAUUGUGGACUACGAGAUGCUCCAGGCUUACCCCGCGCUGUUCAAUGACGCCUUGCGGCGAAGCACCUCUAUCGAGCAGCUGCAGAUCGACACGUCCGGACUGGAGUUCGACGAGGUCGGCGAGCUCAUCGUUGACGUCUGUGCCAACUGCCACCUCAGGGAGUUGGUGUGCAGUGAGGGUAGGCUUCUGGGAAGCGGAAACGAAGUCCAGGCCCGCUUUGCGGAAUUCUUGAAGAAGUCGACUACGCUGAGAGUGCUGAGCGUCACCAAUGCGUCCUGUCGCUCCGACUACAAGGUUGUCCUGGGUCCCCUGCAGGAGAAUUCGACCAUCACCAGCCUGACGAUCGACAGCGCGUGUAUUGAACUCGACAACGGCGCUUCCCUGUCCAAGUUUCUCUCUUCCAACUCCGUGCUCGUGGAACUGACCGUGGUGAAGCAGACCUGGCGCUCUUCGUGCAACGUCGGGCUGUUGUUCAAGAGUUUGGAAACGAACCGCGUGCUCCAGAAGCUGAGCCUGCAGCGAUUCUUGUUCACCCUGGCCGACGCCAACUCGAUGUCGGAUGCGCUGACCGUGAAUACAACGCUUCAGGAGCUCGACAUCGGCAAUAUCGAGUAUACGUUCAUACAACCGUGGCUCGGCAUGGAAGGUGAGAGCGAUUCUGCCGUCAAGAGAGCGAAGUCCAUGUGGGGGGAGUUGUGGCGCGUUCAGCCGUUUGUGAACACUUUGCGGAACAGCGUCUCUCUCCAGAGGCUGCUGUUCGGACAUGUCUACUUUCGCGACCACGAAUUGCGAAGCCUGCUUACAGCAGUGAAGGAGAGCGACUCGUUUCAUCAGAUCCAGUUCUUGCAAGUGAGUUGCAGCGGCUUCUGCGAAUUUGUCAGGCUUGUCGAGGAGACCGACACAUUUGACAAGGUUGCCAUCAGGCAUUGCUACUCCAACGCCAUGCUCUUCGCCGAUUCCUUGCGAAAAUGCGAGAAUCUUCCACUGACAGGAACCCACAGCUUCAGGUUCCUCGACACCGCAAAUUUGAGGGAAAUAUGCUCCGCACUCAGAUUGCACGACAGCAUUACUUCGAUUAACCUGCGUACUGACCGACGGCUUCUGGAAAUGUUCGAUGAACGGUGCGCCGAGUCGUUGGCGAUGUACGUAUCAUCGACGACCGCACUGAAAGAGCUUGACAUUGCCGUCAAUAUCGUUGACAAAUCUGUGAAUAGAAUCGUCAUGGCUGGCCUUUUGGCAAACACAACUCUCGAGAGGCUCGGAAUAUUCAGCUGCACUCUGUACGACAGCGAUGUGCGCAUGUUCGCCAAGUGGAUACAGCAGAGCAAGACCUUGUACGGGCUGUCGGCCUCUUUCGCGCCCAACGAUGUAUGCGCCCUCUUCAUGUCGGAGCUGGCCAGUUGCCUCCGAAGUGGCUACACGCUCACGUCCUUGAAUGUCGCGGAUUCCGAAAGCAGUCAGGCUCACUGGCAAGUCAUACAGGGCCUGCUGUCUCGAAAUUCCUCGUUAGUCGUGCGCGCCGCGCACUUUGCCGCCGGUUCCACGUUGAAAAGGUGCGCGACUGCAUUUGAGCUCGUGUCAUGGCACCCCUUAGUCUACUACAGGUUGGCGCAGACAAUGUCCUUGGACGAGGUGCAGCAGAAGCUGGCAGCGAGCAAGAAGCGUCUGUCAGUCGAUUUUUGGCAGUUGGCUGGUGUUGUGAAGGAAGACCUUUGCUGUCACGAGUGCGAUGAUGGCCGGCUUCAGAUAGACGACCUAGGCUUUGAUGCCUGGAUGGCUCUGCGCAAAUUUCUGAAAGUGGGUGACGUUUCAGAUGCUUAGCACGUGCGCAAGAGCAACAAUUGUUAAUGCGAAUGACCAUUCCGAGUGCGAGGAUAUGUUUGUUAAAUGACUGUGUAUGUACUCAGCACGCUUGGUGCAUGGUUGGCGUGACUGUUCCGUUGCGUCUUUUAAGAUUGCCAACUAUGUGUUCCUUGGCUAGUCAUAUUUUCAGAGCAGUGCUGUUUUUAUACAUGCAAAAUGGGAUGUUAAAUAUAAUAAAAGUUUUCCCAAUAAGGAGUAAAUACAUUUUUCUCAA